UAGAGUUAAAGUUAUGUUUAUUUGGUAAUAUAUUUGUGAAAAUGCGGCAAUUAUAUUUAUCGUUUCUCGCUAUAUUAAUGUUCGUGUUGCCUUCAACGAAAUGCUCGGAUUCGGGUAGAGAUGGUUUCAAUUUUUAUAAAGAUUACGUUCGCGGUCGUUCAGAUGACAAUUUGUCGGGGGAGCCAUUACCUGAAAAGAUGCUUUACUUUUAUCGAACACCAGUUCAAUUUUUACCCGGUUAUGUACCUAACGAUCAACAAGAAAAUAGGAAAAGGAGGGGGAAUGUAUUUAAAAGUUAUAUGUUGAACAAAGAUGUAGGAACAAAUGAACCUCGUAGAAAACGGUCAACAAAAUCACUUAUGUUACAAGGCAAGCAACCAUAUCAUAUGACAAACAAUAUUUCCGAAGAAGAGAUAGAAGGGAUUACUUCGCAGUAUUAAAUAAAUUGAAAUAA